UGCCUGUCGCGUUGUACAUAUUUUAGUAUGUCUUAGAUAUCAAUUCAACAUGUACAAAUUCCGAAUGGAACCGUAAAAAUGUUUUUACUGUUAUUGUUUCUGUCUUCAGUUCUUCUGUCGCAUUCACAGAGUGCCUCUGGCGGUUUUAGCAUUGAUGUCACAGAUAAAGAAGAGCUUUGUGAUGAAUACGUUGAAAACACAUGUCGCAUGACGAGAGAUCUUUCAACAGUGGUAGAUAUCAACAUUGUAGUGAAUGGUCAAUACUCAGUAGAAGACAUCACAUGGCUACGGAGGAUUCACAUCUAUAAUGAUGAUAAACUUUAUCUGGUGCCAUUAUUGGAGGAAGGCAAGCCGCCAGAGAACAUGUAUCUUAGUAAUAAUAGAACGCAUUUGGUUAUACUGUAUUUACGGGACUAUGAUGUACACAGUAACAGUUUCAAAGUCAGUGUAACUCAUCAAGACAAUGUAGCAGAGAUAGUAUUUGUAAUCAAUAUAAAACCAAUUG